AGCCUGUAAGCGGCUAUAAAAUGGCGGUUUGUCGUCUCUUAGGUCCUUCUUCCUCACUAAGUGAAUACCCCUUGCCAUCAUGGGUUUCGGUGACCUGAAAGCACCAUCUGGACUCAAAGUGCUGAAUGAUUUCCUAGCGGAUCGCAGCUACAUAGAAGGGCAUGUGCCUUCCCAGGCAGAUGUUGCUGUUUUUGAGGCAAUCUCAGCCCCACCCCCAUCGGACCUUUGCCAUGCCCUACGUUGGUUCAACCAUAUCAAGUCCUAUCAGAGCCAGAAGAAUAGUCUUCCAGGUGUGAAGAAACCUUUGGGUCAAUAUGGCCCAGCGGGUGUAGGUGACUCCACUGCAGCAGUCGCUCAAAAGGCAGCUGAUGACGAUGACGACGAUGAUGUUGAUCUGUUUGGCUCUGACGAUGAGGAGGAUGCAGAGGCCGCAAGGCUGAAGGAGGAGCGUGUCGCAGCGUAUGCCGCCAAGAAAUCAACCAAACCUGCCCUCAUUGCCAAAUCCUCGAUUCUUUUGGAUGUCAAACCAUGGGAUGACGAGACUGACAUGGCCAAGUUGGAGGAGUGCGUCCGCAGCAUUCAGAUGGAUGGACUCGUGUGGGGACAAUCAAAACUAUUACCAGUGGGAUAUGGCAUCAGAAAGUUGCAGAUCAACUGUGUGGUCGAGGACGAUAAGGUGGGCACUGACAUUCUGGAGGAGCAAAUCACAGCAUUUGAGGAUUUUGUCCAGUCGAUGGACGUUGCUGCUUUUAACAAAAUCUGAAAAAAAAAAAAAAAUAAAGCACUUGAAUAUA